AGGAGCCGUCGCAGGAUGAAGGAUCGGACUCAGGAGCUGCGGAGUGCGAAAGACAGCGAUGAUGAGGAGGAGGUGGUCCAUGUGGACCGGGACCACUUCAUGGAUGAGUUCUUUGAACAGGUGGAAGAGAUCCGGGGCUGCAUUGAGAAGCUGUCAGAGGAUGUGGAACAAGUGAAAAAACAGCAUAGUGCCAUCCUGGCCGCCCCCAACCCGGAUGAGAAGACCAAACAGGAGCUGGAGGACCUCACUGCAGACAUCAAGAAGACGGCCAACAAGGUUCGAUCCAAGUUGAAAGCGAUCGAGCAAAGCAUUGAACAGGAGGAGGGGCUGAAUCGUUCCUCUGCGGACCUGCGCAUCCGCAAGACCCAGCACUCCACACUCUCCCGGAAGUUCGUGGAGGUAAUGACUGAAUAUAACGCGACCCAGUCCAAGUACCGCGACCGCUGCAAGGACCGGAUCCAGAGGCAGCUGGAGAUCACUGGAAGGACCACGACCAACGAAGAACUGGAAGACAUGCUGGAGAGUGGGAAGUUGGCCAUCUUCACUGACGAUAUCAAAAUGGACUCACAGAUGACAAAGCAGGCACUGAAUGAAAUCGAGACAAGGCACAACGAGAUCAUCAAACUGGAAACCAGCAUCCGUGAGCUGCACGACAUGUUUGUGGACAUGGCCAUGCUUGUGGAGAGCCAGGGCGAAAUGAUUGACCGCAUUGAGUACAACGUGGAACAUUCCGUGGACUACGUGGAGCGAGCCGUGUCUGACACCAAGAAAGCUGUGAAAUAUCAGAGCAAGGCCCGGAGGAAGAAAAUCAUGAUCAUCAUUUGCUGUGUGGUGCUGGGGGUGGUCUUGGCGUCAUCCAUUGGGGGGACGCUGGGCUUGUAGGCCCCCCACCCCUGUCCCUCCCAGACCCUUCCCCACCACAUCGGGAGCAAUACCCC